CUGUUGCUUGUAUAAAUUUGUUCUCGGACACGGCGUUUUAGACUUUAUCAUAAAAACAAAAUAAACAAAAUUUAAACCGACUAUAAAAAAAUAUAAUUCGUUAUUGAACGUUGUAGUUAAUACUUUGAAAAGGCGAGUGACCAAAAUUGUUUAUUCCUGGACCUCAAGGUCUAGGAAUUUAAUACUAAUUCUUUAGAAAAUUUAGAAGAUUUUUAUAUUAUCAACUAUAAGUUUUGCUAAAAUGGUUGGGAAAAGACAAAGGGAAGAAAAGUUUUGUAAUCAAGUUCAAUUAAACAAAGCAGCCAUACGAGGAAAGCGACAAUCAAAUGGUUGGGUUCAAGAACAAGAAAAUCAAUACAAUUUGAAUGGAAUUCAUUUGAGAUUAAUUGUCUCUAAAGAUAUGGUUUAUUAUUGCUUUGAUGUUUUACUGAGUCAUUUAAAACAAUUAGAACUUCCAAAAAACAAGUCUCCAAAGUUUACAAAUGAUCCAUACCCAUUAUUUGUAACAUGGAAGGUAGGUAUUGAAAAAAGGCUUAGAGGAUGUAUUGGUACAUUUUCAGCAUUAAAGUUACAUGAUGGAUUAAAAGAAUAUAGUUUAUCAAGCGCUUUACGAGAUAGCAGAUUUUCACCUGUUUCUUUGGAAGAAGUUCCCAACCUACAUUGCAGUGUAUCAUUAUUGACAAAUUUUGAAGGAAACAAGAACUAUUUAGAUUGGGAGGUUGGAGUACAUGGUAUUCGAAUAGAGUUUUUUAAUGAACGAGGAAGAAAGUUAAGUGCCACAUACCUGCCAGAAGUUGCACAAGAGCAAAAUUGGAAUCAAGUUCAAACAAUCGAUUCUUUAGUGAAAAAGGCAGGAUACUGGAAUGCAAUUACAGAAGAGCUUCGUCGUUCUAUUAAACUCACUCGCUAUAGAAGCGAAAAGAUGGUUGUAAGCUAUGAGGAAUAUUCACAAGCGCAAUAAGUAUACCACUAGAUUUAUUUUUGAUAGUUUUUUUUUUUACAUCCAAGGGUGUAAGUAACUGUUACAAUUGCUACUUGGAUUUAACCGAUCUACGGACAAAGAUAUUAUUACAUUAAAAUAAGUAUGCGAAAAAUUCAUAAACAUGUUUGUUAAGUUUUUUAAUCGUAAACAUUGGAUUUACGUAAAUUAGAACUUUUGAAUAUGAAUAUAUUUUCAUGGUUACAAAGCAUUUUAUGGUGUUAAAACUUUUUGUUUUUAUUUGUAUUUUCUUAGAAGUUUUAAUGAAUGAAGUA